AUGUUAAAUUUUUCUGUAUUUUACUUUUUUAUGGUCUUAUGUAUUUUAAAAUAUAAUUAUGCUUUUAAGAAUAAGAAAAACAUAUUUUUAUUUUUGAAUAAAUCUAUUAAAAAUAAGCCUAUAAUUAGAAAAUAUAAGUGUAGGAGAUAUUUAAAUAAAACGAAUGAUAUUAAAAACAUCAAUAUAGGAGAAUUAAAAAUAGGAAAAAUAUAUGAUAUUAUAAGUAAUGAUAUAUAUAUUCAGUUAAAAGAUAGUAAUCAUCAUGUUAUUAUAAAAAGAGAAAAUAAUUAUUUAUUGGAAAACGAACUUUUAUAUGAAUAUUUGUUUAAUUCUAAUUUAAUUGAUAAUAUUUUAUAUAAUAAAUUGAUGAAAAAAAUUACAAAAAAAAAUGAGGAGAAAAAUGAAAUAAAUGAAUGUGUAGUUUUAAUUAAAGAAAUAAAUGAAAAAAAUGAAAUAAUUGGUGAGCUAUAUACUAAUGAAAUAAGUAAAAGAAAAGAGAAAAUUUAUGAUAAAUUGAAUGAGAUAAAAAAUUUAGAAAAAAAAAUUUUCAUAAAAAUUCUAAAAAAUGUAAGAAAUAAAUAUUUUACAGUUCUUAUACAUGAUUGUAUAAAAGGUUUUUUGUUAUAUGAUGAAGAAGAAGAUAUGUUUGAUUCGAUAUUUUCUCAGAAGUUAAGUGCAUACAUAAUUGAUGUAAAUAAAAAGCUUGAAUAUGUUUUUUUAUCAAUGAAAAAAUUAUCUCAAAACACUUUAAAUGACAAGUUAUUGAAUUUCCAACAUACUAUUAUAUUAGAAAACCUAUUUGAGAAUAAUUAUUUUAAAGCAGAAAUUUCUGAUUUUUGCAAUGAUGGGAAUAAUGUAAUAGUAAAAAUAUUUGAUAAUAAAAUAAAUUCGAUAAAAGUAAAGAUAAAAUCACAUAAUAUAAUCAACACAAGAAAUAUUUUGAGGAAUUUUGAUUAUAUGAAAAAUAAAGUUAUAGAUAAUCAAUUUAAUAAAUAUAAUGAAAAUACAGAGGAUUCAUAUGAUGACGAUAAGAUUAACAUGAAAAAGGAAGAUUUCGAUGAAAAAAAUAUUAAUAAAAGAAAUAAAGUUGUUUCAAAAAAAGAUUAUAAUGAAAAACUUAAAAAAUUUAAAGAAGAUUUCUAUGGUUGUAAAAAUCCAGAUGCAUUAAAAUAUAUAGAUAUGGAUAAUUAUAUUUAUAAAAAAGAAAAAUUACUUUAUGUUAGAAUUAUAAAUAAAACAUCAGAUAAAAACAUGUAUGAAGGAAGUAUGGUAAAUUCAGAUAUCAUAAAUCAACACAUAUAUGAUAUUAUAAAAAAUAUAGCUAACGAUGAAAAUAAAGUUUCUUAUUAUGAUGAAAAAUUAAGAUAUCCAUCUAAAGUUCUAGGAUUUUUUAAUAAGUUUGUUAUACUAUCUACAAGAAUAUUGAACACUGAUAGCAAUAAAGAAGGAAAUAAUAAUAGUAAUAUCGAUGAAAAUACUAAAAUUUAUAGUAAUAGUAACAAUAAUAAACAUAUCAAAGAUGUAAUCACACUGAUAGAGAAGCGUUAUAUAGAUUAUGAGAAUUUAAAGGAAGGAGAUAUUUUUUUUUGUAGAUUUGAAAGCGUAAAAAGACAAAGUAUUCGUAAUGUACUUAAUUUAUCAAAUAGUACUAUAAAUAAGAUAUACAAUCUAUAUUUUAAAAAAGAAAAAAACACAAGUGUUUUGAAAAGAAAUAUAGAAGAAAAUAUAAAUGAUAAAAGGGAUAAUUCAGAAGAAAAUAAAAUGAAUGAAAAUAAAGAAAAUAGUCAUGGAACUAUAGAAAAAAAAAAAUCAUUAGAUCAAUUAAAAUUUGAAAAAAUAUUUUUUGAAAAGCAUAAUAUUUACGUAAUGAGAGCAGAAUUACAUAAGGAUACGGAGUAUCGGUUAAACAAAAAUAAUAUAGAUAAAAAUUUUAAGUCAUUAAAAAAUAUAUGUGAUAAUUAUUAUUCUGGUUUUAACAAAUUAUAUAAUCAUUACUCAAGCAUACGUGAAGAAUUUAUAUUAACAUAUUUAGGAAAAGAAAAUUACAAAUUGUAUAGAAAAAUUGUAUCUGAUUAUUUCUCUUCUAAUAAGCAUUCAUAUAAAGAAUUUCUACAAGUACCUUGUGAAGAAUUAGCAUCAACAAUUUUUGAUUUCAUUUUUGAAAAUUCAAAUGAAUUAACUGUAGAAAUGGUAAAAAAUUAUAAUGAAGAAUUAUUGGGAAAAGUAAAACAACUUAAUAUUUUUGAAUUAAAAUAUUUAUUAAAUGAUCUUAUUAAGUUGAAAAAUAAAUUAUAUAUAUAUCCUUAUACUUAUAAAACAAAAACAGGAAGAAUGAAUUUACUUUUAAAUAAUCAGAAACCAAUAAAAAGAGAACACAUAAUAAAUUUAAAUAUAGAUAAUAAAAUAAAAGAGGAAUUAUUAAAAAAAUAUAUGAAUAUUAUUUAUCCUAUUGAUUAUAUAAGGAAAUUGAUUUUAAUAAAAAAAAAUUCUAAAAAUAAAGAAAAUGAAAAAAUGCCAAUUAUUUAUAUAUUAGCAGAAGAAACUAUAAGAAUUUACGAAAAUUCUGCAAAAGAUGUAGAACCUUUUAGUGAUGAACAAAUAAAAAAUUUGAAGUCAUAUGUUUUGAAGAAAAAAAAAAAUAUCAUUUUAGAUAUCCAUAAUAAUGAAGAGGAAAAUUUAAAUAGCGCUUUAUUUGAUUCAGAAAAUAGUCAAAUUAGAAAAAUUCUUUAUAUGAUAAAGGAAGACUUAGAUAAACAGAAAAAGAAAAAUAAGAUAGAUGAAGUUGAUAAAGAAUACGAAGAAGAACAAAAAAACUAUAUAGAUGCAACUGAAAUUCAUAAAAAUAUACCUGAAUUAGAAGAAAUGAAUAAAUUAACAGAAGAUAUGUUUUAUAUGAAGAUCCCUUUUGUUGAAUAA